AUGGCUACGCAAGGGUCAGACACACAAGAAAGUCUGACAAUAAGUGCUGUUCAUUCAAAUCCUCAAGUACCAUCAACUGGUUCUUGUUUUGCAACUAGUAGCACUGCAACUAAAAUCACCUCAAAUGGUUACACGCAAACAACUCAAUUCCUAGCAACAAGAUCGGAUAAUAUAGAACCCGAAUUGACUGCUGAAGAAAAAUUAUGCUUUCCCCACCAUUUACUCAAUUAUUCCGCAAAAACUACUGCUCCUGCUCCUCCUGCUCCUGCUCCUCCUGCUCCUGCUCCUCCUCCCCCAGCUAAGGGAGUUUCUACUUUAUCCUUACCAAGUCUAUCAAUUACUUCUUGCGCUGAGAUACAUACUAGUCAGCCCAAUAUAACGUGCUUGCAUAAAGCUUGUAAACGGUCCUCAUCAUCUUCGUCAAACGACUUGGUUUACGAACGAGAUAGAUUUAGAGCAAGGCUUAAAUGUUUCAAUGAUGGGUCAACAUUCGCCGAUAUUGAAAACUUGAACAACAAGAAUUUUGAAAAUGAAAAUAAAAGUGAAAAUUUAUGUGACGUUUGCGAUGGUAUUGGUUUCAAAACCGCUAAAUGGGGUAUAGUCACACAACCCUUUCGCAACAAUGAUUUCAACUUCCAAAUCAUCACUUUAACACAUUUGAGAACAAUAUUUCAGGUCUAUUUUAACACUCCAUUGCCGAAAACAAGGGACAUGUUUCCAUGGUUACAUGGUCUACACAAGGACAAUUUUGCACAAAAGUCGUUCUUCCAUUUACAGCAGCAGCAGCAGCAGCAGCAGCAGCAACAACAACAACAACAACAACAACAACAACAAUAUCAACAAUAUCAACAAUAUCAACAUUAUCAACAAUAUCAGCAAUAUCAACAAUAUCAACAAUAUCUUGGCUCUUCUAAUAACAUCUUCACUGAUUACAACUUAUCCAAACCUAAAGAUGUAAAUUUUCUAAUGUGUGUUAGUGAUGACUCUAUACCAGUCGUCCUCUACAACACUGUCAAACUAACAGAAAUUUUGCAGAAAAUUGAUGUUUCCAAAUCAGAAGUUAAGGAUAUUGUUCGCUCAAUAUGGUUGAAUGAUGAGGUGAGCCUCGAGUUGAUUGAUUUGCUUGUAGAUGACUGUAUCAAGUUGAAUGUUUUACCAAUAUUUUUGAAUUUAGAUCCCGACAGGGGGGUUUCACCACGAAAUUUUCAAAUCCAAGUAGCAAAACUAUCUACUUGUUCCGAUUUCAUCGUAUAUGGCAAUGAUGUGGCAAAAAAACAGUCUAUAUCAAGAGUGUUGUGGCUUGCACAACAGUGUGAAUAUCAAGAAGAAUACCUGAUUACAACCACAACAACAACAACAAGAAGAAAAAGAAAAACAUUCAUUUUAAAUGACAAUUUAGACGACUUGUUUGAACAAGUUGAGUCUCCGAUACUGAACAACCCCCUCCGAUCAUUCUUUAACUACUUGAAAUUGAGUGUUGCAGAUUUGUCCUAUAAAUCAAAAGAUCCUUCUUUGAUAUGGGAAGACAAUUAUCAAAUUAACGAAAAAAUCGAAACAGCAAAGAUGUCAACAGCAACAAAACUAAGUCAAAACGUAUGGGUGGGCAACUACUGGGACCACCAAAUAAUGAUCCAUUACCUCUCACAAGGCCAACUCGUCAUUCCAAAAAAGAAUCCCCCCAUAAACUUGUACAAUGACGUACAAAACUCCCUUAUACUACAUAAACAUUUACUGCUGAGAAACUUCAUUGAGUACUUACCAGAACCCAAAUCCAAUUAUAACCUAUUUAUUCACUGUCAUACUAAUGCUUCAUUUCCAAAUAUAAAUGAAUUAGCUCAUCUUUUAUUCCAGUAUUCCAUAUCUUCACACAACCACAAUAGUGAUAACAAUAACCUCAGUAAGGAGCGACACCAUUUACAGUUCCCGCCCCUGGGUUCAAUUGGAAUUGGAGAUUGUAGGCGUGAGAAUUUACAAUCAAUUGUAAAUACUUGUAAAUUGAUUUACUUGUAUUCUUCAUCAUUGUCUUCCGAAGGAUUGGGAUCUUUGAUCUAUUGUUCUGAUGGAUAUACAGAGUCUUCACUUUUGGUGUUUUGCUACAUUAUGUAUUCGAUGAAUCUACCUUUGGACGAGGCAAUGCUCGCAUUGCAUUCGCAAUUCGGCAGACCUUUCUACAUUUUCAACAGUGACGUUUUAAUACUUCGAAAAUUGGAGCCAUUAUUGAGAAAAUAUAGUCCCAAAGUUAAGACAGAUGUGAAAUGGGAAGAAUUGGAAAAUAUCUCACCAAUGGAAAUCAAUGAAAUAUUAUUGGGGUCGCCAAAAAAGGUUUGCAAUAGCACAAGACUUGGAUUUGUUUGUUAUAGCGAGGAUAAUGAAGAUGACACUAGCUCGUCCCUGGGCCUGACUAGUAGUGGUGAUGAUGAUGAUGAUGAUGAUGAUGAUGAAAAUAAGGAGGAGCAACAAGAAAGCAAGUUUGUCAUUGAUUGGGUAAAAGAAGUCGAAGGAUCCAUUCCAUCAAAGAUCCUUCCCUAUUUAUAUCUUGGGUCUUUGAAGCAUGCACUGUGUUUGCCACUCUUGAAUAAAUUGGGCAUCAAAAAAAUCAUUUCGGUUGGUGAGAGUUUGCCCUGGUUGAACGGGUAUAAAUUUCAAAAGUAUAAUGAUAUUAUAGUUGAUGAGCUGAAAUACAGCAAUACCGAAAUCUUUGAUAUCGUGCCCCGAGCAAGACACAAACAAAGGAACUUACAUUGGAACACGACAAUAGAUACUGUGAUGAAAGUGAAUAACCUUGAAGAUGACGGAAUCAGUGAGCUUUCCAAACAAUUGCCCCAGAUUUUAGAUUUCUUGGACGAAUGUUAUCAAGAGUCGCGAGAUACUAAAAUUUUGGUCCACUGUCGAGUUGGAGUCAGUCGAAGUGCAACUGUUGUUAUUGCCGAAAUAAUGAGAAGGUUAAACGUAAGCUUACCGAUGGCUUAUUUGUACGUUCGUGUGAGACGUUUGAAUAUUAUCAUUCAACCGAAUUUGAGAUUUAUGUAUGAAUUGUUUAAAUGGGAGGAGUCCAUCAAGCUUAGACAGAGAGGAAAACAAGUACAAGAAAAUGGCGGUAAUAAAGCCACUGUACAUUACAAUGACGGUACAUACUACCUUCGAGAAAUAGACUGUGAAGCAGCAUUGACUAGUGACACUAGUGACACUAUCGAGCAGAGCGAGACAGUGGAACAAGCUAGUCAGUGCGAGACAGUAGAACAAGCUAGUCAGAGCGAGACAGUGGAACAAGCUCAUCAGAGCGAGACAGUGGAACAAGCUCAUCAGAGUGAGACAGUAGAACAAGCUCAUCAGAGUGAGACAGUGGAACAAGCUCAUCAGAACGAGACAGUGGAACAAGCUCAUCAGAACGAGACAGUGGAACAAGCUCAUCAGAGCGAGACAGUGGAACAAGCUCAUCAGAACGAGACAGUGGAACAAGCUCAUCAGUACGAGACAGUGGAACAAGCUCAUCAGAGCGAGACAGUAGAACAAGCUCAUCAGAGUGAGACAGUAGAACAAGCUCAUCAGAGUGAGACAGUGGAACAAGCUCAUCAGAGUGAGACAGUGGAGUUACAAGCUCAUCAGAACGAGACAGUGGAGCACACUGAGAAAUAA